UAGAAGGUAGUCAAAGUUGUUAUUUUUGUUGUAUUUUUUGAAAAAUUUGGUAUGAGUUCAAUAACAGAAAUAUGUUCAAAGCUGAAAUCUGAAGGCUGGCGUGUGAGUGUACAGUCAAUUGAGAAAGGGUUUGACUCCAGAGAUGAUGUAGCUGAAUCCAUUUUUCAUUCAUAUAAGAGUCUCAAAGAUCUUCUACUUGAUACCGACCUCAAGGAUGUGGUAGACAAGAAAGUUUCUGAUGAAUCAUCUUCUUCCAAAAAAUCAAGCUCGGUAACAGGCCCGCUGGUGGUGCAAGUGUGCAGCAUACGCAACAUUUGUGUUCCUAGAACUGCUGAAGGUGGAGAUGCUGUCUCUGGACGCCUCCUGCGCCUCACGCUAACAGACGGCCUGGCAAUUCAUCAUGCGCUAGAAUACCAGCCCUGUCCAGUUCUGAGACCUGACACUGCGCCUGGCACCAAGCUCCUGCUCAUUGGUAAAGUGCCAGCUGCUGGAGGUUUUCUUCUGCUUGCUCCAAAGCACAUCACUCAUCUGGGUGGCCGAGUGGAUGCCUUAUAUGAACGAUGGAAGCUUACUGAGAGCAUCUACUCAUCUACACGCCCUGCUGCAGUCACCAACCUCGACGGCUCCAGUCCUCCACCAUGGAUUCCAUUUGGCAAAGGUGACGCAGGCGGUGCGGUGAACGGCAGCCUGCGCGGCUUCAAGGCCCUCAAGACCGUCGUCAAAGAGACUGAGGAUAACAAGGAUGCAUUCACCGUGCACCGCAAGCACACUGUGCAGGAGAUCGUCAAAGGAUCAGCUGGCGGAAAGGUGUUCGGUGGCGGACGACAAAUGGCCAACUCCUCAGUGGCGCGGGUGGUGGCCGCCGGCUUCCCUGCCGACGUUGCCAAGUGGGCGCUGGACAACAACCGACAGGACGUGGGCGCUGCUAUCAGGGAGCUUAAAGCCGCCGCCACAGGCCAGCCGCUGCCGGCCCCGCCUCGUCGUGAGCCUCUCUCGUCAGGAGGCGGCGGCUCGACGUCCCGAGGACGAGGCAGAGGCCGUGGUCGUCGUGGUCGUGGAGGACGAGCAGGAGACUCUGACGAUGAGGAUGACUACGAAGCCAUGCGUGACGCUCCCAGACCGUCAGGGCCCGCCUCGCUUUUUGACUUCUUCGAUGCUAAACUUGCCGAGCGCAACGAAACCAUUCAGUUCGUUGAGCCUCUCAGUGACGUUAGAGGCGUGAUGUACGAAGGCCGCAACACUGACAACAACAACAGGAAUGACAGCAACAGAAACAACAGCCGUGGCACCGACCCUCGAGGGCGACGUGGUCGAGGAAGUCGGGGCUUUGGGAGCGCUAGAAACACGGCGCCCCGAGACAGUCCACCCCCUGAUCUGAGCAACCCCAUGGCUUGGCCGGCCCCUGGGGAGGAGGUUCAGAAGCCGCGCCUGGACACGAAGACUUCGUACCUGCAGAGCAAAGCUCGCCAGGAGGACCUAGAGGAGCAGGAGCGCGAGCUUGAGCGCAUCGCGCGCGAGGAAAAAAUGCGCGCAGCGAGAGAGAGGAAGGGAGAAUUGCCCAUCACUCUGCGCAGGGGGGAAGGAAGGGGAAGGGAGAACUGGAAUGAGAGCUACAGAGGGGGAAGAGGUGGAGGCCCUAGAGGAGGUAGAAAUGAAAGGGGAAGUGAAUAUUCGAUGAGAGGUGAACGGGAACACCUGCGAGGCAAAGGAGAUCGAGGAACAAAUUUUCGAGCUGAUGAAAGUGAUAACGCCAAAGCAAAAUUAAGUUAUAACGUAAGGGGAAGUGGAAUGUAUGAUACAUCACUGAAUAGGAGAAAUGACAGAGAAGGAGGAUUCGACAACCAUGUUGCUAAAAGUGGAAAAGAUGCCAGUGGAAACAACUCUUUUCGGGGCCAAGUUAACAAUAAAUUCAGUGACCGCGCUGAAAAAAAUGAAGUCAACGAAAGCUCAACGUCUCGAGACGACGGGCGUUCGGACCAAAACAAUUCUGCCGGCGGCCGGUAUGGCUCGUACAACCAAAAUCCACCACAACACAAUUCUUACGAUAACUCGCGCUCACAGCAAUACCAUGAACACGACCAAACAACCUCAAAUUAUUAUGGUUACUCGCAAAAUAAGUCACGGAACGGCUUUAAAGGAGAUCGAGGUUCCCAUGGUGGUGCUCCAGGAUACCGCGGAAGCUUUGGCGGACAGGAACUUGAUAAGAAUGCGCAUGGACGCCAACAAGGAUCGUUCAGAAGCGGUCAGGGCAACCAAGGAGGACCACGAGAACCCUAUGGGGGCUUCCAAGAUCCAUAUGGCGGAGCUUUCCAAGAUUCCUACACGAGUUCACGCAAGUCUCAAGGCGGGGAUAAUGGCUCAUAUGAUAAUUCCCAAGGCUAUUCCUACCGCGACAAUCACGCUGCAAUAAACAGGGAACCUUACGGGGAUUCUAGAGCGCCGUACUACAAUUCUGGUCCUCGCGAGGGCUAUAAUCCUGGUGGGCACCGAGGAGGUUCGUAUCGUGGAUCCUACGAUGGAAAAUACGGCGAGUCCAGGAGCUCAUAUAACCUGCACGACGGAGGUUCGAGUGAUGGCACUCGUGGUGCCAGAGAUCCCAAUUCAAAUCAGAGCCAAAAGCGCGGCUUCGGAGGCUUUUAUCAAGGAGGUGGCAGUUACGGUGGCAGCACUGCAGGAGGUGGCAGUUACGGUGGCAGCACUGCAGGAGGUGGCAGCACUGCCGGAGGUGGCAGCUAUGGUGGAAGCACUGCAGGAGGUGGAAGCACUGCAGGAGGUGGCAGCUAUGGUGGCAGCAGUGCAGGAGGUGGCAACACUGCUGGAGGAGGCAGCUACGGUGGCAGCACAGCAGGAAGUGGCAGCGCUUCUGACAGUGCUCGCUACACGCGUGAUCAAGAGCAGCUUAUAGAGCAGUUCAAGAUGAGCGUUCAGCUUCAGGGCUACACCGGCUACUCUGAGAUACAGGAUCACCGACCACACAGCUCUCGCGGAUCCCGAGGCACGUUGGAGUUUCGUCGUGGGGGAUAUCGAGGCUACGGUAACCUCCACCCCUAACGCUGUGACGUUGUGGUGUCGACGUUAUGACGUGGCGGUCGUAACGCUGUGACGUUGUGGUGUCGACGUUAUGACGUGGUGGUCGUAACGCUGUGACGCUACAGUGUAUCGGUUAUAACGCUAUAACGUACACCAAAGCUGGUUGCCUGUAAUUAAUUCAUCACAGUUUCUUUCUGAUAAAUGUAUAGACCAACCAGUUUGUCAUAGACGCUAACUUUAAUGCAUACCCUCAAUUUCCUUGAUGCCAUGGCGACCGCAUUCUUACUAUUCAAAGUAAUUUGUUUUUCAAAGGACCAUGGUUGCCUGGUUGCCAUAUUUUUCGCAAUAUUAUUUAGAAACUUCUCGAUCUCAGUCAGUACCCUAUUUCAACUUUCUUUCAUCCUCAGGUCAUUUUUCUCAAUUUCAGCUCGAUCACAAAGAUACCUAGCCUAUAAGUAAUUAUGCUAUACCGUCUAAGGCCAUGUCAAUGCCUCAGACUACCGGGUAACAUUUUGCGUAAUUUCCAAUGCAAUGUAACUUUUAGUUAAUGAAAUUAGUUAACUAGUUCGCUAUCUUUACUACUACACUUCGUUUGCUACCUGCCUGCCGAGUAGCUCAUGCCUUACAGCAAGCACUUAACUAACUUGUAUGCAGAACAGGUUCAACUAAAAUGAUACUUUCAUUGAAACUGUUCCUUUUACAAAAAUUUAUUGUCGCGCUUGGAUUACAUAACGGAAGCUUAAUAACGGCUUGCCUACUUAACACGUCCCGUGUACAUUGCUUUCUGUGAAGAGUUUGUUUUUGCUUGUAUUUCAUUUCGAUUGUCAUUUAAUCUCCAAUGCAGGAGAUUUGCUCUGUACGACUGCUUGUAAAAUAUUGUUAAUUUAUUGGAAUUUCAUUCCAUCUGCAAUCAUUUUUGAUCUGUAACUUCCUUUAAUCUAACAUUGUGUUUAAAAAGCAGUGCUUUGUGCCGAUAUUUAUGAGAUUUUUAUUGAUAACUUUUUGUCUCAAUAUACUCAGUGGCACCUUAUCCAUUCUCACUCUUCUUGAUCAUUCGGCUAUAGCCCCUAAACUUUUUAUAUGUUUGAAAGGCGAAGUCAGGUUUAACGGGCGACAACUAAAUUUUGCCCAUAAGAAAUCACUCCGGAAAGUUUGUAUACGAUUUUCGCACGAUUGUUGUUUAAUCGUUACGAAACUAAUUCGGGGGUAUAAAACACGAGCUUGAAUGAGGCCCACUUAAAGAUGCCGCACAAACCUUUGUAUGUGUUCAGUAAAAUAUCAAUUUUC